AUGAAGGCCAUUUGUUGGAAUGCUAGCGGUAUCAACACCAAAAGAGCAUUGGAAAGACUACAAACUCUCAAGAAAGCUCAUAAUCUAUCUAUUAUUGCUAUCGUGGAACCAUUUGCAGAUCAGUCCCAUAUUGCCAUAGUAAAAUUGCAACUUCAAAUGGAUCAGGCAGUCAGUAAUCCUAAUGGGAAAAUUUGGUUGUUUUGGUCUACUAAUGUCACUGUACAAGUCCUGGAAAAACAUGAUCAACAUAUUAUUGUAACCUUUCAACACACAACUCUCCGAGAUAAAUUCAUGAUGUCCUUUGUUUAUGCUAAAUGUAAAGAGUAUACGAGGAGAUCUUUGUGGGACAGGUUACUUUUAUAUUCUAAUAUAGAUUUGUCUUGGUGUACUAUUGGUGAUUUCAAUGUUAUUACAUCUAUAGAGGAAAAACUUGGUGGGAUACCUUACAAUAUGAAUAAGAGUCUUGAAUUUAUUGGAGUUAUAGAAGCAUAUGGAUUGACAGAUCUAGGUUACACAGGGCUUCCUUAUACAUGGUGUAAUCAAAGGGAUGCAGAAGCUAGAGUUUGGAAAAGAUUAAACAAGUCUAUGGUUAAUGAUAAAUGGUUAGAGAAUCUGCCUCAAACUACUAUUGAGAAUCUAUCCUCUGUUGGUUCUGAUCAUAGUCCUCUUUUAAUGGAGAUGAUUCAAACAAAUCAGAGUCAUACAAAAUAUUUCAAGUUCCUACACUGUUGGGUUGAAAAUGGGAAUUUUAUGAUCACAGUUCAGCAGUGUUGGGACCAGGUCACUACUGGUCAUCCUAUGUGGAAAUUGCAUAUGAAAAUGAAUAGAUUAACUUCCACUCUUAGCAAAUGGUCCAAACUCCAUGGUGAUAUUUUUACUAAGGUUAGGGAGUUUGAAAAGUCCAUUAGGAAGUCUGAAGAGGAACUUAUGACAAAUAAUACUGAAGCUCUUAGACAGAAGUUACAUAAGAUGAAUGCAACUUAUAUUAGGUAUUUGAAAUUGGAAGAAGCUAUUCUUCAACAAAAGACCCAAUUACAUUGGUUUCAAGAAGGAGAUGCCCAUACCAAAUACUUUCAUGCUUUGAUGAGAGGUCGGAGAAGGAGGCUCUUUCUUCAUAAGAUUUGUAUUGAAAAUGAGGUGUGGAUACAGGGUGAGGAACGAAUUGCUCAGGCAGCUUGUGAUUACUAUCAGCACCAAUUUACUGGACAAAAUGACAGGAUAGAUGAAAGAAUCCUUCAAUAUAUUCCUACUAUAAUUACUUCUUAUCAGAAUGAGAUGUUGCAAGCAAUACCUAAUAUAGAUGAACUCAGACAGGUUGUGUUUGCUAUGAAUCCAUAUUCAGUAGGUCCUGAUGGCUUUGGGGGUAACUUUUAUCAGGUUUGUUGGAAUAUCAUUAAAGAAGAUCUUUUGGCUGCUGUACAAUUAUUCUUCUGUGGUCAUAUUAUACCUAAGUUCAUGUCUCAUGCCUGUUUGGUUUUAAUUCCUAAAACUGAGCAGCCUUCCAGAUUCGCAGAACUCAGACGCAUCAGCCUUAGUAAUUUUACAAAUAAGAUUAUUUCCAAAGUGUUGAGCAUGAGAUUGGCUACUGUCUUACCUCUAUUGUUAUCAGACAAUCAGUUAGGGUUUGUGAGAGGCAGAAGUAUAACUGAAAGUAUCAUGCUAGCACAAGAGAUUAGUCAUGCUUUUAAAAAACCCCAAAUAGGAAGUAAUGUGGUUAUCAAACUUGAUAUGGCCAAGGGAGUUCCAGACAGUGCUGUCUGCAAACAUACUGAAUCAGGAAAAUUCUCAUGUACAUCAGCCUGGGAAAUUUACAGAAAUAAGAAGAACAUUACAGAUCUUAAUUCUCAAAUUUGUAAGGUGGAUACCUCCUCUAAUUCUACUUAUAAACUGAAUACGGAUGGUAGUGCUUUGAAUAAUCCGGGGAAAAUUGGAGGUGGUGGUAUUCUUAGGGAUUCCAAUGGUACUAUUAUUUAUGCAUUUGCUAUACCAUUGGGUGAAGGGACCAAUAAUCAGGUAGAGAUUUUUGAUCCUUCUUGGAGGCUUAACAAGUUUGUGCAGGAACUACAAGAUAUUGCUAAACACUGUGCUUAUGGUCACUGUGUUCAUACAUACAGAGAAGCCAACAGUACAACAGACUUGUUGUCCAAACAAAGUCACCAGCAUGAUAUCAUCCAACAUUAUUACACCCCCAACCAGUUACCAAAAGCAGCCAAGGAACAGCAGUCCACCGGAAUGGCCACAACGCCGCCGAGAAAGCAGCUCCAACCGCCAGACCAAGCUCAGUCGAUGCGGAUUCCCCUCAACUACAAACCCCAACAGGGCGCUUCAUCUGAAUCAUCAGAUAAUUCUUCGAAAUUGGGACGCAUUGAGGCGAUCCAUAUCGCGAUUUCAGAAGAAGAAUUAGACUGGGCACGAAAAAUCAUUUCCUUAGAACAAUCUGGAAAGAUUUAA